AUGCACCGCAAGGGCGAAAGGGCACUGAAGCGACAGUCUGCGCAGGCCGUCGUCACAAAAACAUUCGAGACGGCCUUCGGUAAAGAGCAGGCCUGCUAUGGAGAGAGCAGGGCGGGCAGAGGUCCCAUCCCCUCGUGCCUCUCCUCCGUCUGGGAGCGUAGGCUGCCACCACUCCCCCGCACCAUCCUCUCUCGCUACGCUUCGCAUGCUCUCGCUUGUGCAGCAGCUCGGUGUGUGUGUGUGUGUGUGUGUGUGUGUGUGUACGUGUGUGUGUGUGUGUGUGUGUGUGUAUCUGUGCCGUUGAUGUCUGCAUGCUGCAUCCACCACCACCACCACCACCACCACCACCGCCCCCCCUUCCCCUUCCCCUUCCUUUGUUCUUUUCUGUUUACCUAUAUCUGUUCUUCUCUUACGCACACGCACACGCACACACACACACAGAGUGUGUGUGUGUGUGUGGUUUCGUGCGUGCGUGUGCAGUGGGUGUCUCUCGCGCCCCCUUUCCGCUCUUCUCCUAGAAGUAUGUUGUCCGUGUCUCCCACCCUCGCUCACCGUGACGCCGCUUCUGCAUGUAUAUGGUGUAUGUAUAUAUAUAUAUAUGUGUGUAUAUGUGUUUGCAUGACGUGA